ACAAAAACACAUUAUAAUUGAUAAAACAUGGAGGACACUUCAUCUUGCAGAGAGCAGUAUCGAAUGAAAUUCAUCUUCUAUGUAGACAGUGGAUCUUCUUCUGCUGUAAAUUCACCAGUGUCUGCAGCCGCGGCAGCGUCUCCUAGUAGUGCAAAGACCUACGUGGUGUGCGUGCGCCUGGCCAACACAGAGUCCAAGCCUCUGUCUAAGCACAACCUGCAGGUGCUGUCUCUGAGCAUCCCCGAGCUCCACCGACGCAUCGCCGGACGGCCCAAGCCCAUCGCCUUCCACAGGGCCUACGUCCACUGGGAAGCCCUUUCCAAAGAUGCCCCGGUCCGCCCCAUCUCCACACCCCGUCCCUCCUCAUCUAGACUGCACGGCUUGAUUCAGUAUGAGCUCCCACCUAGGGCUGCGAGAGCUCGGGAAGGCUUGAACAUUAACACACCUUCACCGACACCCAGCCCAAAAAAAGUCCCUGCACCUUCCACCUCCUCCUCCUGCUUGAAGGCCCAGACCCAGCCCUCCUCAGACUGGCUCCAGUGUGACGGCUCCUUCAUCCCAGACGUCAGCAUCAAGGAGUGGAGUGUGGUGAGCUACCAGAGCGAGGAGUUCACACGCUGCAUCUCGCCACUAGCCUACACGGACGACGCUGGGGACAUCGCCGGCAGGUGCAACGUCACAGACUACACAGAGUAUGGGCAGCUGGUGUUCUCUGUGGACGUGGACUUCCUCCUGGGGAAGACAGGGACAGGAAGUCAUGAUGCAGGUAACCUUGCUGUGGAGGCGACCAAGGAGGAGGGGAUGAUGAGGCCUCCAGGGACGCCGACCAGUGGAGGGAAGACGCCCAAGGCCAAGAAGCGCCUCAGCACACCCAAGCGCCGGUCGUCAGGGUCCCGUGUUAGCACCCCAACCAGGAGUCCCAUCAUCAGGAUCUAGAGAUGCCUCUAAUACCGUCGAGAUUGAUUUAGCAUCAGAAUCUCAAACUAUAGACGGUCUAGACGGUCUAUAGAGCCACAAUCUAUUUGUAAUCAGGGUCGCUUUUAAAAGUUUUAACAUGCAAUCACAUCAGGGUCUAAAAUCAUUUGCAAUUUCAUAAGGAUCUGAGAUCACUACCUAUCUAGAGAUUUUAUCACAAUGUCAGUGAUUCCAUGUUCAGUACAGUCCAUGUACAGUUAUAUCACAAUCUGACAUUCUAGCAGCAUCUAUCUUUGUUUUUAAGCUUCCGUUACCCUUUCAAACCAUGAUCCACUAUUCUAUUACAAAUGUAAGUGAAGUCCUAUAUAAAGUUGUUUACAGAAUCAGGGAGAACAGAAAAAUAAAGAUUUACAAU